AAUGAGUUGGAAAAACGAAGAAUGGAAAAGUGAUUUACCUAACAAAGCUGUAGUCGAAAUUGAGAAAUUAGAAAAGCUGCUAUCUUGCACCCAAAAUGAUUUAAAACAAAGGACAUUGAAGUGCGAGACUCUACAACAAUGUAUUGAUAAAGAAAAAAAGAAAACUGAAGAUGCUAAAAAUGAAUUAUCAUAUCUUAACCGUAACUCAGAUCAUUUUGCAAACUUGUGUAAAGAAUCAGAAUCGAAAAGGGUAAAACUUGAACAUGAAAUUCAAGCCAGAGAUAAUAAAAUUAACUGUCUGGAAUGCGAUAUUUCAAAAAGGGGUCAAAAAAUUAAUGAUCUCGAAUUAAAACUUAAAUCUUUUGAAGGAGAAAUUCGAAGAGUUCAUAAUUCAGCACCGUCCAGAAGCGAUUUGGAAGAGAGUUCUUUAAGAAUUCACAAUUUGACUGCCGAGUUAGCCGUCGAGAAGGAAAAACGCUUAGACACAGAAAAGAAAUUACAAGAGCUAGAAGAUUUAGCGGGAAAAGAUGUUGUUACACUUCGACAAAGAACCGAAGCUCUCGAAAAAGAGAGAUCUACUCUUUUACUGAAACUUGACAACCAGAACAUGGUACUUUCUUCAUCCAAAAAUAAAAAGGAACAAGAACAAAAUGACGAAAUUAAAACUCUUAAGGAACGAUUACAAAGCACCGAAAGGGAAAGAGCAAACAUGGAAAAGUUGUAUAAAAAUAUUCAGAUAUCUUUUUUCAACUUGGAGCAAGUCAAGGCGAAGCUAGAAGGAGAAAUGUCUAAAAAUGAUGCUCAACUCAAGAGAAAGAAGGACGAGUUAGAAAAAGCGAUAAAAGGUUUGGAAGAACUUCAAAGACAACUUGGAAAGUUACGAGGAGAGAAAGAGAUGAUUAGAAAUGAUUUCACUAAAGCUGAACAACAAAAUCAGGAUUUAAGGGAUAGAAUGAAAAAGCUACUCGACGAAUCUUCAUGCCAGAAGCAAAAUAUUGACUCGGUUAAAUUAUCUUUAGAAAAUAGGUUGAAAGAAAAAGAAAAAGAUCUAGAGUUAGAGAGAAAAGAGAUAAUGGAAGUUCGUAGAACUGCUCAAUCAACUAUCGAUGAUCUUCGAGCAAAAAUAGCUGAUAAUACUAAGGCGGCUACUGAAAAACAGAGAGAGCUAGAACUGGAAUUAGAUAGUUUUCGCUCUAAAUAUACAAGAAUAACGGAUUGUGCAAGUGACUACGAAGUAAAAGUAAAGAAUUUAUCUGAAUACAACCAGAUACUGAAAGAUAAAAUAGAAAGCCUGAAAAUGGAAAAUGAUACAUUAACGGAAAAAUCGAAAAUGGCGGACACGAAAAUUGAAGGCGAAAUGCAUCAUUUGGAGAGAAAUAUAGAGGAAAUCAAAAGAGAGAAUGAGAAAAAAGAUUUCACAAUCUCAGCCUUAGAAAGGCAGCUGAAUACUGCUACGUCUAAUACAUCUGACUUAAAAAAACAGCUUGCUGAACUGGAAUCAAAUUAUAGAAGUAAAAGUGAAGACUAUGAGAAGAUUGAGGUAAAUCUGAAGGAAGCUAAAAAUAUGAGUCUUAAAAAUGAGAAUCAUGUAACGAGUCUCGAACGAAAAAUUACCAAGUUAGAAAAGGAAAGAGAUGAGAAAAAGUUAGAGGUAGAGAAGUGUUCAAACGAUUAUUACUCUCAGAGAUCUGAACUUGCCUCUCUCAGAAGUCAAAUUCAAAAGAAAGAUGAUGAAAUUGAAUGUAUUCAAAAUCAAUUGUCACAAGCAAAGGGGAAACUCAAAGUGAUCGAAGAGCAGAGAACAGAUUAUGAAAAAGAGCGUACUCGUCUAUUAACAGAAAACGAGAAAAAUGAUUCUCUUGUACAUAAAUUGACAGAAGAGUUGAACAACGAGAAGACAGCUGUUCAAAAUCAGAGAACAAGUCUGAAAAGGCAACAAGAAUCCUACGAUCAAUUAACCAAAAAGUAUAAUGAUAUCUGUAAAUUAAGCGAUGAAAGAGGGAAAGAGUUAACUGCUCAACGCGAUACUGCCUCCGCUAAUGAACGCCACUACGAUAAUAUAACAUCUCGAUUAAAUGCUGCCGAAAAUGAAAAUACGAAACUAACAGCAUCAAUAAACGAAUUGAGAGCGCAGCUGGAGGAAUAUCGAAAGAAUUUAUCUUCGGAAAGAGAACUUCGUCUUAGCGCCGAGCAAAAGAAUGCUGAAUUAACUAAUGAGCAUAAGACUAACGAGACUAACGUUGAAAAUAUUAUUUUACGUUCAAAAGCCAAGCUUGAGAGUAUGGAAAAAGAGAAUAUUAAUUUGAAAAAUGAUUAUCAAAACAUCGAAAAGCAGCUUAACGAAACCGACGAAAAACUUCAGGAGUUGUCGAAGAAAUACAAAGAUAAUGAAGAUGAGAAGAAUUAUUUAGUAGAAAGAGUAAAUAAACUCACUUCAGAUUACGAAUUAAUGAGCAAAUCGAAAAAUGAACUCGAAGAAGAAAUGGAUAAAUUGAAAAUCGAUAUGGAGGAAAAGUGCAAUUCAAGCCGAAAAUUAGAAGCAGAUUUAGCAAACAAAAAUCAACAGAUGAUAGAUAUAUUGGCUAAGUUUGAAAAGAAUUCUACAUCUGAUAAAGACGAAAUAAAAGAUAUGAUGUCCGAAAAUGAUCGCUUGAACGCCUGCGUAGAAGAAUUAAAGAAGGAAAAUAAAUUGUUAAAUGCACGUUUGGAAGGUAAUACAAGGAAUCUUGAAAACUACUUAGAGAAGAUGAACUCUGAGAAAGAUAAAUUUCAGGAAAUUGAAUCGAAAUUAUUAAAUAAAGAUGAAGAAUUAAUCGCAAUUACUGACCAACUACAAACUACUGAAGAGAAAUUGAAACAAGUCAAAGCCGAUUUCGAGAUUGUCAGUGAACGUAAUAAGGAUUUAAUUUCAAAAAUUGAAUGUAAUCCUUUUGAAAAUGAAGUAAAAAUGUUAAACAACGAAAAAGAUAAGCUAAUUGCCGAUUUACAAACUAAGGAUCACGAAUUAGAGAGUUCUGUUGUAACUCUAUCAGAAAUAAAAAAUCAACUUUUGAAUCUGAAAGAAAUUCAAAUUAAGUUAGAGUCUGACCUCCAAAGAAGCAAUAACGAAAAUGAAGAAUUAAAUACGAAUUAUACAAAGUUGAAUUCUGAAUACCAAUCCAUUAACGAAGAAUUAACAAAAUCUAAGAAGCAGAAUAUUGAAUUGAACGAAUUGAUUUCCUGCGCAAUUAAAGAAAAGGAUGUUAAUAUUAAUUCAAAAGAAAAAGAAUUGGAAGAAGUAAAGAACGAAAAAGAAAAAUUACACGUUGAAUUGGAAAAUUUCGCUAUAAAAUUAAAGGAAACGGAGAACAAACUUAAUGAAUCGAGUAAUAAAUUAACGACAUUGGAGCAGAGUUUUUCUGAAAAACAAAAGGAAUUAGAUAACGAAAGACAAAAGAGUAAAGAUCAAAGUGAACAUUUAUUACAGUUGGAAGAAAAUACGAAGGAAUUAGAGAAGAAAUUAUCCGAUUCGAAUCAGCAAUUGGAAAAGUUGGUUCACAAUGAAACUGUUGAUUGCAAUUUGAAAGAAAAAGUUGAGGAAAAAUUCGAAAUGGAAAAAGCCGAACUUAUUUCCCAGUUAGAUCAAUGUCAUAAAAAACUCGCUGAACAGUUAACUUCUCUAGAUGAACGUGACCAGGAAAAACUUCGUCUAGAUUCUCUUGUCUCCGCUCAUGAAGCUAGAGUAGGAAAUUUAACGGCUAAAUUAAAGAUAUUCGAAGAAAAGAACAUGACAAUGAGAGAAAAAUUGUCGAAGGCAAAUUUCAAUCUUGACCUAAUGCAAGGUAAUUCAGAGGAAACCAUUAAAGAGAACGAGGAACUUCAAACUAAACUCGAGAAUUUACAGCAAUCUUUAAAUAAUUCUCAAAGAACGUUAGACGAGAAAACUAAAGCUUUGAAAGACAUGGAACAAUUACAAGAAAAGACUCAAAAGUUAUCUUCCGACUACAAUUCGAUGUCGGCAGAAAAUAAAAAUUUGACUGAACAAUUAAACAAUCUACGAGCUAAAUAUGAUGAUAUAACGAAGAAAUGUUCACAGUUUGAAAGUUCAUCUGCUGAGGAGAAGACAUCACUAUUGACCUUAAAUACGGAAAUUAAAAAAGCAGAAGAUGUAAGGUCAAAUUUAGAAUUUUCUUUAGGGGAAAAGGAAAAGAUUAUUGAGACUUUGAAAAAGAAGUUAGAGUAUAUCGCAAACGAAAAAUCGUCUGAAGAGAUGAAAGUAAAAACUCUGGAGGGUGAAAUUUUGGAUAUUAAACAAAAAUUGGAAAAUGCUUUGGAAGAAAUCUUUGUUCUUAAGGCCGACAGCGAUAAGAAGUUCGAUGAAGAAAAGGAAAAAUUACAAGAAUUGUGCAAUAAUAAGACAGAAAUAAUUAACCAAUUAAAAACUGACAUUGAUUAUUAUUCGUCUAAAUUCAUUAGGUCUGAGAAAGACGUCGAACAAUUGAACAGCCAAUUAUCACACUCUCAGACGGAGUUGGCCACAUAUAAGGAAAAACUCGACGAAAUGAAAGCUAAAUUGUCUGAUGAAAAGUUUGAAAAUGAAACUAUUGUUGCUGAACACGAGAGUACUAUUAAGAAAUUCGAGCGGCAAUUAGACGAACUAAGGGAAAACAACUCCCAAUUACAAAUAUCUGUUGAAGAAAUAAAUUCAAAAUAUUACGAGCUUAAAGAUCAGUCCAGUAGUAAAGGUAACCUCUCAUCUGAUGACUAUACACGACUCACAGAGAGUAUGGAAGAAAAAUGUAAAGAAGUAACAGAAAUGGAAAAACAAUGUAAAUAUUUAGAGGAAGAAAAUGAUAAACUCAAAUCAGAAUUGUCAAAGAUUGAGGAAAGUUUAAAGUCUGCCAUUUCCGAGAAGAAGAAAUUAGCGGCAAAAGUGAAAGCUAGCUCGAAAAAGGAUAUAGAAAAGAAUGUAUUCGAGCAGGUGAUGAAUAGUAAGGAAGUUGAAAAUUUAAGAACAUUAGUGAAUGAAGCUGCUACCGAAAGAAGUCGUUUAGUACAGAAAAAUACAGAUUUAGAACAAUUGAAUUAUCAAUUGGAAGAAAGUCUGAAAGAAGCUACCGAGAAAAAUAGUCAAUUGGAGUUGACAAUUAAAUCUCUUGAAGAAAGAAGCGACUCUUCUUCCGAUAAUUCAUUAUCCGAUAAAGAUUGUAUAAUUAUAGGAACCGAGAAUAUGAAAGAACCAACUGAACGAUUGGGAUCAAGUAAAACUACGCCAACAUUUACAAAGGAAAAGAGUUCCUCUAAGAAUUUAGAAAUGUUACAGAAUUUAAAAAUGAAAGUGAAUUCUCGCGAAGAAAAAAUUAAGGCUCUUAAAAGUAGUACAGCAACUGCAAUUGAACAAAAAGAUGGAAGCGAAGUUAAAAAGUUACAAUCUUAUUUAGAAAGAGCAAUGGACGAUUUAAAAGAAACGAGAGAAGAAUAUCAAAAGAAAAUUGAGAGUUUUAGAACAAUGCAAAAAGAUCUCGAAGAGAAAUACGCCGCCGAUAAACGAAGAAGUAUAGACGAUAAUCGAAGGACAUUUAAAGAAUUGGUUAAAACUCAAAAGGAGAGAGAUGAACUUCGAAGAAAGCUGGGUUUUUCUUCUUCUUCUUCUUCUCAUAGAUUAGCUGAAGUACAAUCGUCAUCAAGUACAAAUCGGCGGUCUCCUCGAUUGGCCAAUAGAGCUGUUGAUGAGGUUGCGCACACUUUACUUAAAUCAACGCCAGAAAGAAUAUUAUCAAAAAGAAAAGUUGCCGUAGAGGAAUCGAAUAUACACAUGUCUCCAACCAAAACACUAUCGCCUAUAUCAAAAGCAGUCAGGACACCGCUCGGUGACGUCAGGGAAUACGAUAAUGGAAAAUUAAAUAAGCGUUUGAAAAUUAAUGAAGAAGAGAUGUUGAACAUCAUCGAAACUCCCAGUGUUCCGAAGAAGAAAAUUGUCGCGACUAUUCCUAGUGAGAACGAAUGCACCUCACAAUAA